CCGUCAUUCGGUGGCGGGUCUCGGCCGCGGGGCUGGCGGGCUGAGGGGAGGAAAGAUGGCGGCAGCGGCGGCAGCUGGUACAGCUUCUGGGCUACCGGGUCCAGUGGCACAGGGAUUGAAGGAGGCGUUGGUGGAUACCCUCACCGGGAUCCUGUCCCCCGUGCAGGAGGUGCGGGCCGCUGCGGAGGAGCAGAUUAAGGUGCUGGAGGUGACUGAGGAAUUUGGUGUUCACCUAGCAGAACUGACUGUAGAUCCUCAGGGGGCACUGGCAAUCCGUCAGUUGGCAUCAGUCAUCUUGAAGCAAUAUGUGGAAACUCACUGGUGUGCCCAAUCAGAGAAGUUCAGACCUCCUGAAACUACAGAACGGGCCAAAAUUGUUAUCCGGGAGCUAUUGCCCAAUGGGUUGAGAGAAUCCAUAAGCAAAGUGCGCUCCAGUGUGGCCUAUGCUGUUUCAGCCAUUGCCCAUUGGGAUUGGCCUGAAGCCUGGCCCCAACUCUUCAACCUGCUAAUGGAGAUGUUGGUGAGCGGAGACUUAAAUGCUGUCCAUGGAGCCAUGCGUGUGUUGACAGAGUUUACUCGAGAAGUGACAGACACACAGAUGCCACUUGUUGCUCCUGUCAUUCUCCCAGAGAUGUAUAAGAUAUUCACCAUGGCUGAGGUAUACGGUAUCCGAACUCGUUCCCGAGCAGUAGAGAUUUUUACUACUUGUGCCCAUAUGAUUUGUAACAUGGAGGAGCUGGAGAAGGGUGCAGCUAAAGUCCUGAUCUUUCCUGUGGUGCAGCAGUUCACAGAGGCCUUUGUUCAGGCCCUCCAGAUGCCAGAUGGCCCCACAUCUGACAGUGGUUUUAAGAUGGAGGUUCUGAAGGCGGUGACAGCCUUGGUGAAAAAUUUCCCAAAGCACAUGGUAUCCUCCAUGCAACAGAUCCUGCCCAUUGUUUGGAACACUCUGACUGAAAGUGCUGCCUUUUAUGUGAGGACAGAAGUGAAUUAUACAGAGGAAGUAGAAGAUCCUGUGGAUUCUGAUGGAGAAGUCCUAGGCUUUGAAAAUCUCGUCUUUAGCAUUUUUGAAUUUGUCCAUGCCCUACUAGAAAACAGCAAAUUCAAAAGCACCGUUAAGAAAGCCUUGCCUGAGCUUAUUUACUACAUUAUCCUGUACAUGCAGAUUACCGAGGAGCAGAUUAAAGUGUGGACAGCUAACCCACAACAGUUCGUAGAAGAUGAGGAUGAUGACACAUUCUCCUACACGGUUAGAAUCGCAGCUCAGGACCUGUUGCUGGCUGUGGCCACAGAUUUCCAGAAUGAGAGUGCUGUCGCCCUGGCUACUGCAGCCACUCGGCAUUUACAAGAAGCUGAGCAAACGAAAAACAGUGGCACUGAGCACUGGUGGAAGAUCCACGAGGCCUGCAUGCUUGCUCUAGGCUCUGUGAAGUCCAUCAUCACUGACAGUGUGAAGAAUGGCAGGGUCCAUUUUGACAUGCAUGGGUUCCUGACCAACGUCAUCCUUGCAGACCUCAACCUGUCAGCGUCUCCUUUCCUCUUGGGUCGGGCACUUUGGGCUGCCAGUCGUUUCACUGUUGCUAUGUCCCCUGAACUGAUUCAACAGUUCCUACAGGCAACAGUUAGUGGUCUUCAUGAGACACAACCCCCAUCAGUUCGAAUUUCUGCUGUGAGAGCCAUCUGGGGUUACUGUGAUCAACUGAAAGUUUCAGAGAGUACACAUGUGCUUCAGCCUUUCCUCCCCAGCAUACUUGAUGGUCUAAUUCACCUAGCAGCCCAGUUCAGCUCAGAAGUCCUCAACCUGGUGAUGGAGACCCUAUGCAUCGUUUGUACUGUUGACCCAGAAUUCACAGCAAGCGUGGAAAGCAAAAUCUGUCCCUUCACCAUCGCCAUUUUCCUAAAGUACAGUAAUGAUCCUGUUGUCGCUUCACUGGCUCAGGAUAUCUUCAAGGAACUGUCGCAGAUUGAAGCCUGUCAAGGUCCAAUGCAGAUGAGGCUGAUUCCCACUCUGGUCAGCAUAAUGCAGGCCCCAGCGGACAAGAUCCCUGCAGGGCUCUGUGCGACUGCCAUUGAUAUCCUGACCACAGUAGUUCGAAAUACAAAGCCUCCCCUUUCCCAGCUCCUUAUCUGUCAAGCUUUCCCUGCUGUGGCACAGUGCACCCUUCACACGGAUGACAAUGCCACCAUGCAGAAUGGUGGAGAGUGCUUGCGAGCCUAUGUGUCAGUGACACUGGAACAGGUAGCCCAGUGGCAUGAUGAGCAAGGCCACAAUGGACUAUGGUACGUGAUGCAAGUAGUGAGCCAGCUCCUUGACCCACGAACCUCAGAGUUCACUGCAGCCUUUGUAGGCCGCCUGGUCUCCACCCUCAUCUCCAAGGCAGGGCGGGAGCUUGGGGAGAAUCUGGAUCAGAUUCUUCGUGCCAUCCUCAGUAAGAUGCAGCAGGCAGAGACACUCAGUGUGAUGCAGUCACUGAUCAUGGUAUUUGCUCAUCUGGUGCACACUCAGCUAGAACCUCUGUUAGAGUUCCUGUGUAGUCUUCCAGGACCAACUGGGAAGCCUGCCCUGGAGUUUGUGAUGGCUGAGUGGACGAGUCGGCAGCAUCUGUUCUAUGGACAGUAUGAAGGCAAAGUUAGCUCUGUGGCACUAUGUAAACUGCUCCAGCAUGGCAUCAAUGCAGAUGACAAGCGGCUACAAGAUAUUCGUGUGAAGGGAGAAGAGAUCUACAGCAUGGAUGAGGGCAUCCGUACUCGCUCUAAGUCUGCCAAAAACCCAGAGCGCUGGACAAACAUUCCUUUGUUAGUCAAGAUCCUAAAGCUGAUUAUCAAUGAGCUCUCCAACGUCAUGGAGGCCAAUGCUGCUCGCCAGGCCACUCCUGCUGAGUGGAGUCAAGAUGAUUCCAAUGACAUGUGGGAGGACCAAGAGGAGGAGGAGGAGGAGGAGGAGGAUGGUUUAGCUGGUCAGCUUUUAUCUGACAUCCUUGCUACAAGUAAAUAUGAGGAGGAUUACUAUGAAGAUGAUGAGGAAGAUGACCCUGAUGCCCUGAAGGAUCCUCUCUAUCAGAUUGAUCUGCAGGCAUAUCUCACAGACUUCCUUUGCCAGUUUGCUCAGCAGCCCUGUUAUAUAAUGUUUUCGUGCCACCUUAAUGACAACGAGAGGCGGGUUCUACAGACCAUCGGCAUCUAACAAGGGGAGUCUUCAACCUGUGUUCCCUCUCCUGGCUCAGCCACAGGCCAUUCUACAGCCUUCACUGGCCUUGAGAGGCACUUUUUCUCAGCCUGGAGUGGCUUCGUUGCCCUUGGCCUCAACAGUGACACUGACACUCAGUUCUUGCUUACCAGGGCUGACGUUUUAAAAACCUAAAACAAAGAACAUUUCUCAAAGUCCUGUGAAGAUACUCCAAGUCUGGAACUCUUUUUCUCCCCAGCUCUGCCCCCUCCAUUCCUAGCAUCUUCGGUUGGCCAGACCAGAAACAUUGAUACCCAGGACUAUGGGUUCCUGAUUAUUUAACCCCACCUCGGGAAUACAGGAAAAAGGACAUCUGAUGUGUUCAGAUAGGAACCCCUUGAGAGAUCAUUGUGCUCUCUGCCCUCAGCCAUUGAUGCUCUAGGUUCUCACUAAGAACCAGCUGGAGCAGAUACAUACUAAAUCUUUCCAGUAAUCUCAGCUUCAUGCUUUCCUCGUGCAACACUAAAGGUCCUCUGUCAAAGGAGCCAUCUUCCCAUCUUUGCUUCAUUGCAUGACACAGCCCCUCCCCCAGGCUCCUCCUAUAUAUACAUGCACACACAAAGUGAGCCAGACAGAUGGCAACUUGUCUUUCUUUUUUUAGGGGAAAAAAAAAAUCAGGAAAAAGAUUUUUAUUUCUAAAUCUGCCUGACCCAUCUAUAUUGAAUAUGCCUCUUCUACACAUAACCACAGAGUCCGAUAUUCCUAUUCUAAGGUUACCCCAUCCCUCAGGAAUCCCCUAAAGUGCUUGAGUUGUAGCCCUCGAAUUUGCAACAUGUAUUUUUCUAGGACAGUAAAGCAAUCUUUACAAAUGAAUUUAGUCUGCAUACUCUAAGGUACCUCAGCAUCUCUGCCUUCUGUUUAUUCCCUCUAGAAGAAAAGUAAAAACAAGAAAAGAAAGUUUAACCUAUUUUGGCAUCCUACUGUAAUUUGGCAGACAGCUCAGAAAUCUUAGAGAACUGGUAUUUUUCAUUCAAAUAUGUUUAAACAGUCAGUGGUACAGCAUGUGGAUGGCCCAGCGUUCAGUCCCUAGUACUGCAAAAAUAAGGGGCAUCCCUCAGUGGGUUUCCCUUGUGUUAUGAAUUGAGAGAGAAGGUAAAGAUUAAGAGCAGAGUGGUUGUCUGAUAUUUCCUGUGUGUGAUAGUGCCCAUAUCUGAUACUCCAUUUUUAAUAGCCAGAGCUGUUUCUUUGGGGUGAUGCUCUCACAAAAAGGAAAGGGAAUGUGGAAGUGACGUUUGGCCUCCAAUGUGAAGCAGAAGGGUAGCAGUGUAGCAUUUAAGGCCUUUCAUGGAACCCAAGGGUGUGGCAGCUUCUUUCCGACUAUACCACCUGAUGUCCUUAGUGCUCAGCCUUGAGUUCAGAGGCUUUUCACUAACAUUUCCACCUUCUUUGUAAGAGCCUGAGAAAGUGUUAUAGCUGUCUUCUGGCUGGCAGUGUGGAGACCAGUAUUAUCUCUGCCCUUGCUGCUUUUCCUCCUGAAGUUAAAAUUCCUGUUAAAGAGAAAUGGUAACAUACCUGCCUAGUGGUACACAGAAAACCACAGUAGGAACUUUGGAACCUUGCUCCAUAGUUGACCUCAAAGCCAAUUGGAAUUGGUGCUAAAAACAGUAGACCAUUCCACACAAUUAAGUUGUCCAAUGGUUUUGAUGCUUUAGAACAAUGCCAGAUUAGCACUGACCUGCUGUGUUUGAGAAAGCUUGGAGACCCCCAUACAUACACGGGCAGUGAUUUGGUCAGUUCUUCUACGUCUAGUGCCAAAGUUAGUCCAAAGGGCCUCCCAUCCUGUUCCCAUGCUUCAGUGUUGGUGGGAAGGCUAAGCUCUUACAUUAGGAAAUGCAUUCCUAGUUCCCCUAAGAAGCCAUCCAGGCCAACAUAUGACUGGUUGAGAGUAGAGGCUUUUAUGAGCCUUGAUGGAUAGAUAUUUGCUUGUGUUUUCAGAGCAUUUAACUUCUGCAACAGGUACACAGUGAAUAUUCCUGUUCUGCUAAGAGCUUGUCCCUAAGAUCAGGUGACUGUUGGUGACAAAGUUGAACUCUGGCUCCUAUAUUUUUCCCCUCUGAAAGCCGGCUUCAUUUGGGAAAAAGGGUGAGGUGCACUUUUGGAAGAUCAAGACCACUGAGCUAAUAAGAGAGGUGCCGGCUCUCUGAUGAAGGGUUUCCAGGAUAUGGUGAAACACUAGAAAGCUAAAAAGCAGGAGAAAAAAACUCAAGAGAAGGAGUUGUUACUGCAAGUCACUGACUAGGAAGCAUGAACCCACAAGCAGAUGAGUAUCAGUAGGAGGGAAAGGAGUCACUGGGACUGAGAUGGUGGUUGUGAGCUAAAGAGCAAGUGGUGCCAAACUAAUGGAAACGAGCUUUGGUUUCUGUUAGCCACACCAAAAAGCCUAGAGAGCUAAAGUCAAUGCACUAAGUAACCAAACUAUAAAUCAACCCUUUGUAGGGCGUGUGAUGGGUCUCCCUUCGCUUCAGUGAUGAGUGGGUUUAUUAUGCCUUACUCUUCCCAAGAAGUUUGAAGCCAUUUGCAAGAGACUGACCUGAAAAUGGAAAGAAUGCUGAUUGAAUUUUAGAUGAGAGGAAACCUCUAGGAAGGUUGACAUUUAGGAUCCAAGUAGAUCAGUCCUUAUAAGAAAAGGGGAGUGGCAACAGUAUUUAUCAGGAAGCAUGAAGUUUGGAGUUCUCUGUACCUCCUUAAAGUACUGGGUUUUAGGAGUCCAGAAAACUCCAAUGUGGACCUAGGUUAUGGUCUAGGAUGCUGCAGAUUUUCUAUGUCCCUGUCAGUGAUCCUGGCUGAUGAUAGUACUUUGUAAAAGGACAACCAAAGCCUAAACUGUUGAGGGACAGCAGUGAUGUGGCUGAAAAGGUUGUGCUCAGAACAGCACUUAAGCAAGUUAGAGGAUUAUUCAGUGAAAAGCAUUGCACUGUCGCAGCCUACCAGGUGGACCUGUUGUGCCUAAGGAAAUAAAAGAUGGAUUUCUGGCUCUUCUCUUUCCUGUCAGUUUCAGUGGGUAUUAAACCUCUGUUAGAUGUAGAAGGCCAGUGGCUUCGACUUUGCUCAAGAAGCUAGUCAAGGACUCCUUGGUGGUACCUGCCUGAAAUCCCAGCACUCGAGAGACAGAGACAGGCAAAUCUGAGUCCAAGGUCAGGUGGCCUACAGAGCAAGUUCCAGGCCAGCAAGGGCUGCAUGAUGAGACCUUGUCUUGAACUGGGGCAUGGGGAGCUGAUUAAGAGAUCAGAAACCAAUAACAAAUGAGGCAAGUGCUAUUUGGAGGUGCUGUGUUCACCGCCCCUCCCCCAAAAGACUGGGCUAGUGAUAGUGGGGGCUGAUCUGAGUUAGUGGCAUGAUAAGAUGACCCUUUAAUAGAGCACAUACAAAAGGCUCACAGUUUGCUGAAAUGCUAGAGCUGUUGAAUGUAUCUGUGAAUGACCUUACACCUACUGUCCUGGCAAAAUAGGUCCUUUUCCUUACCCCUUUGCAGAUUGAGGAAAGCAGUGUUGAAUGUUGCCUGCUAAUGUGAGAUUUCCAUCCAAGAAGCCUGCAUUUAUUGAUAGUUUCUUUUACCCCUCCUAUGCAUUUUCCAGUCAGAUAAAGAGAUAGGGUAGGAAAUUCUAGAGGUGACUAUUUAAGAUAGGGUCUUGCAUUUGAAGAGCUUUUAUAAACACAGUAAAAAUGUUACAAUGAGCUGGCCAUGGUAGAACACACCUGUAAUUCUAUCGCUUUGGAGGAAGAAGCAGGCAGAUCUCUAUAAGUUUCAGGCCAAGCAAGGCUACAUAGUGAGCCCUGACUUUAAAAAAAAAAAAAAAAAAAAAAAAAGAGUGGAGCCUGAAGUAUAGCUUGCUGGUAGAGCACUUGAUUAGCAUUCAUGAGGCCCAGGGUUCUUCUCUCCCUAUCAGCACCCAGCUAAGAAAAAUACUAGGUACUGUGAUACCUGGAGUCUAUGCCAGAAACAAAGCUGUAAAGAUAAGUGAGCCAAACGGUGAAGAUUCCAAGGCCUGCUUCCUUUAGAGAAAGCAAGACUGGCCACCUAAGAGGGAAUGAAAGUGAUUUGAGCUGAAGGGGGAGAAGCUGAAAGGUGGGAAUGCCAUCUGGCAGCAGAGCUAGGUGAAAGAGCUGCAGCAUGUGCUAAGAUUAUAACUUGUGGAGGUGAUGACUCCUUGAGGCUUAAUUAAUGAUGCCAACGGACAGGUUCCCAAAAGUGACAACUAUCAAAUGUUUUUUCUGUUAUGAGCUCCUCUGCCGCAAAGAGGCCAGGCAUUUUGUCCUUAGUUAUCUAUGCAGAGCCCCACUCUUAGGUAGCCGAACACUGCAUCUCAAUGCUUUGUGAGGAUUCUAGUUGCAAGCAGCCAAAAGUACUUGCUAAUAAAAUUCCAAAAUCAGUGA